AUGGCUCUUGAGAUGGUAAAGGAUGCAUAUAUACAUACUGUCGGGGCCACCGAGUUGGGUGACGGCAUCUACAAAGCGUUGGUGGAGCUCAACAGUCCAUCUGAGGCGGGGUUUGGGGUCGGUGGUGAGGACAAGGCCGCCCGAGUCAGGCUGAACUACACACAUAUUGGGAUGGCGAUGAGAGGGACAAUUGCGGUGCGCAGAUGGGAGAGAAUAGGGUGCGGAUAUCAUAUAUCAUAUGUAGAGGAGAAGAACGAGACAUCGCUGCCUCAAGGGCACGUCUCAAGUGAGGAGCCCGGGGGACACAGCAGUUGGGGGCGCGUGAAAUACAUCCGCGGGCGGUAUAAAAGAGUCCCCCGAAAGCCCCGGCACAUCAAACACAACGUCCCGUAUCCGCCAAAUCUCCUCCAUCCGUGUCCUCGUGUGCUCGGCCGACGUCUCCCCGAACCGGAACACGGUGGCCACCGUGCGCCCUCCGUGGGCAAUAAGGACACCGUCCACGUCAAGAUACUCCCCAAUUCCGCUCCCAAUUGUCGUCUCCCAAUAAACGGCAUCGUCUGUGGAGUGGACCCGCGUAAGGUGCGAGUCCUCCAUGUACACGAGGAGGCCACUGCGCUGGCUGAAGUAACCGUAGAGCACGUGCCGUAUUACCUCGGCGGGGCCCUCGCUACGCUCUGCCACUGCACAUCGGUCGGCCGCUACCUUGAGGACGAAGCAGUCGUCGUCUCCGAUCCGCUUCUCGCCCAAGCAUUGGGCCUUUGCGAAUAG